AUUAAAGUCAUUGACUUCAUUUAAAGACCACCCGUCCAUUGGCUUCAUCGUGCUCCCACACUCUCACUAAACGAACAACAUAGCAUAUAAGCAACAGUCAAUAUGAGGUUAGAUGUCAAAGUACUUCGGUAUAUGUCUCCUGAGGACUUUCGAGUCCUUACCGCAACGGAGAUGGGUUCCAAGAAUCAUGAGGUCGUUCCUUCCGCUAUGAUCUCCCAGAUUGCUAGACUUCGUCAUGGAGGGGUACACAAGAUUUUGAGUGAGCUUGCAAGACGGAACUUGAUCGCCAAGGCUCAGCAUAUCAAAUACGAUGGAUAUCGACUGACAUAUGGAGGAUACGACUACUUGGCGCUCAGGACAUUCUGCCAGAGAAACAGUGUUUAUUCGGUCGGAAAUCGGAUUGGUGUCGGAAAGGAAUCAGAUAUUUAUAUUGUCGCCAAUGAAGAGGAGCGUCAGAUGGUUCUCAAGAUCCAGAGAUUGGGACGAGUGAGUUUCAGGACAAUCAAGUCAAAGAGAGAUUACUUGAAAAAUCGUAAAUCAGCAUCGUGGAUGUACAUGUCCAAGUUGGCAGCAGAGAAGGAGUACGCUUUUAUGAAGGUUCUGCACGAGCAUGGAUUCCCUGUUCCUGAGCCCAUCGACCAGAAUCGUCAUUGUAUUGUUAUGGAACUCAUUGACGCUUUCCCUCUUCGACAGAUCAACGAAGUUGCAGAUCCUGGAAAGUUAUACUCGAAUCUCAUGAACCUGAUCGUGAAAUUGGCGAGUUACGGAUUGAUUCACGGAGAUUUUAACGAGUUCAAUAUUUUGAUUCGUGAGAACGGAGAAGCUGUGCUGAUUGAUUUCCCUCAGAUGGUGUCAAUCGAUCACCCCAACGCAGAGUAUUAUUUCAAUCGUGAUGUCGAGUGUAUCCGUGUCUUCUUCAAGAGACGUUUCCAAUAUGAGAGUCUACUAUACCCAAAGUUCAAACUGGAUACGGAGAGACAGUUUUCAUUGGAUGUUCAGGUUGCAGCGUCUGGGUUCACAAAGGAGAAACAGCAGGAGCUUGAGAGGUUCCAAGAGGAAGAAGGACAAAACCACAGGAAGUGCCGGUCUCGAUUGGGAAAUUGUCACUAGCCAACCUUUCACAACAUGAUCAACAGUCUGUCCCUGAUUCCCAAAAUAACAGCAACCCCAAUAGUGAGGAUGAGAAUGACGAAGAUGAAGAAAAUGACUCUGUGGGAUCAUUGGAUGAACCUAUCAACAACCGUG